AAUGCUCUUUUCUUAAUCCCUUCUUUUUCCUCAAAAUCUCAACAAUACCCAACACCCAACCCAAGCAGUAGGAGAAAAAAAAUCAUUUCCAUCUCGAUAGUGAAUUUGUUGGCAAUGGCAAAAACAGAGAGCGCAGAAGAAGAGGGGUUGGGUGUUACUCCUCUGCUUCCAAGAUUGCUAGCCAGUGAAAGCCGACCCAACGUUGUACUUGUGCUAAGCACCUUAGUUGCAGUCGCUGGUUCUUUCGUUUUUGGUUGUGCUGUGGGAUUUUCUUCACCAGCUCAGUCUGGGAUAAUAGAUGAUCUAGGCCUCUCUUUGGCUGAGUAUUCCUUAUUUGGUUCAAUUUUAACAAUUGGAGCAAUGCUAGGCGCAAUUGUGAGCGGCAAAAUAGCAGAUCUAUUUGCAAGGAGAGGAGCAAUGGGGUUCUCAGAGUUAUUUGGUCUUGUUGGAUGGCUUGCAAUUAUAUUUGGUCAGAAUGCUUGGUGGCUGGACAUUGGAAGGCUAUUAAUUGGAUUUGGAAUUGGUGUUCUUUCAUAUGUGGUUCCUGUGUAUGUAGCAGAAAUAACACCUAAGAAUCUCCGUGGUGCUUUUACAAAUGUCAAUCAGUUGAUGAUAUGUUGUGGUGUAUCAGUAACAUAUCUUGUUGGAGCCGUCAUCGCGUGGCGCCCACUUGCUGUUAUUGGAAUGCUUGCAUCUAUACUUCAGCUCUUGGGCUUGUUUUUCAUUCCUGAAUCUCCUAGAUGGCUGGCUAAAAGUGGUAGGUGGAAAGAAUGUGAAGCAUCCUUAAAGCUCCUUAGGGGAGAGAAUGUCAAUAUUUCAGAAGAAGCUUCUGAAAUUCGAGGCUAUACAGAAACCCUUCAACAAUUGUCCGAGUCUAAUUUGAUUGACUUGUUCCAAAGGAAAUAUGCUCAUUCUCUCAUUGUUGGAGUUGGCCUAAUGGUACUUCAACAAUUUGGAGGUGUAAAUGCGAUUGCCUAUUAUGCAAGCUCGAUUUUUGAAUCUGCAGGUUUCUCGGGUAGGAUAGGAACGAUAUCGAUGGUGUUUGUACAGGUCCCUAUGACUGUUGUAGGAGUCCUCCUUAUGGACAAGUCUGGAAGGCGUCCAUUACUGAUGAUUUCUGCUUCAGGAACAUGCUUGGCUUGCUUCCUUAUCGGAUUGUCAUUCUUAUUACAGGAUCUCAUACAGUGGAAAUAUUGCCCAGUUUUGGCACUCGUUGGCAUACUGGUUUUUACGGGAUCUUUCUCGUUAGGAAUGGGAGGAAUCCCGUGGGUUUUAAUGUCUGAGAUAUUCCCCAUAAAUUUGAAAGGCUUGGCAGGCAGCAUUGUGACAGUGGUCAACUGGUUUGGUUCUUGGAUUAUCUCAUACUCAUUCAACUUCCUUAUGCAAUGGACUUCUCAAGGAACAUUCUUCAUAUUUGCAAGUGUAUGUGGUUUGACUGUCCUCUUCGUCGCGAAAUUGGUCCCGGAGACCAAAGGACGGACCUUAGAAGAAAUUCAGGCAUCCAUGAAUUCAUUUACAAGAGAAGAAUGAGCUACUUAUGCAAUAAAUUUAUAGCACAGGUUUCUGUAAUGAAAAUGCAAUAAAUUUACAGCCUAAGUUUUUGUAAUGUAAGCAUAAACAGAUCCUUAUAAGAUAAUUCAUGGCAUACCACGUAGUGAUGAUAACUUCAAUUUGCCUUGUAGAUUUUCACAUGAAUCCACCUUAUAUAGAUCAAGUUUUUGGGUAA